GACACUUCGAUAUUUACGUUUGGAAUGGGCUAUUGACGUUGGUUCUAGGCUAAAGUAGGGGAAAACACUCUAAUAGACUACGGCUUAUUGCUUACCUACCUAGAGGUGUGAAUCACUUCGCAAUGGUUGACAACAUGGAGAAGCCGUCUGGGAAAAGUUUGCAGGAUGGGGAAGAUUUCAGACGAAUGGCACUCAGGAGGCGGCGACUAAAUGGUCCCAGCAGUGGAGCCCCCUGUGCCGCCCCCCAUAGCUGCACCACUGGGAGCCAUGGAGGAUUUCUAGAUGGAUUGGGGACCCUCACAGGUGGCCACCCACAGCUCACAGCUCAAGUGCCAUCAGUGCCAGUGAGGCUAAGGAGACCUCUGAAAAACCAAACCGAAUCCUGGCAGAGUGAUACAAGGAGCCCUGGCACCAAGAUGGAGGCCGAGGAAGAUACCAACGAGGCCAGUACCUCCAAACUCACCAAUGUGUCAGACCUCAUCAGCCACUUUGAGGAAACCAGCCUGAACGCCAAUGGCUCGUCCCUGAAGCCCUGCGAGGACGCCAGAGGUGACCCCGACUCGGAGGAGAGGCCGCCGAGACGCUCGCAGCCAGGAACUGGCCAGUCUCAGGAUGCGCACCAGUCUCCGGCCGGCAGCGACGACGACGACGCACUAAUGCAAGCGGAGGAGGUUAAGGAGACGCAGGAGGCAGCGGUGGCGGCGGCAGCGUUGGUCAAAGGGGACCCAGCCCUGGUGAAUGGGGAAGCUCCUGAGGGCCAGAAGAAGCAGAGGCCCAGCGGAGAGGAGGUCCCAGCUCCACCAGCUCCUGCAGCAGCAGCAGCAGCAACAGCAGCCACCAACGGCCCAAAGCAGGAGCAGGCUGCCCACCAGCAGCAGGCCUGCAGAGAGGAGCCAGCCCCCGAGAUGAAAGAAACCAGAGAGCAGAAGCUGCAUAAGAUAGCCAAUGAGCUCCUGCACACAGAGAAAGCCUAUGUUACACGGCUCCACCUGCUGGACAAGUUAUUCUGUGCUAGGCUGACUGAGGAAGCUACAAAGGGCUCAUUCCCAGUAGAGGUGGUGAAUAGCAUCUUCUCCAAUGUGGGCUCCAUAUACGCCUUCCACAGCCAAUUCCUGUUGCCAGACCUGGAGAAGCGCAUGGGCCAAUGGGCUUCCACUCCACGAAUUGGUGACAUCCUUCAACAGCACGCUCCUUUCCUGAGGAUGUACGCGGAGUAUGUGAAGAACUUUGACAGCGCCAUGGAGCUCCUUAAGCAGUGGACCGAGCGCUCGGCAGCAUUUCGAGCGGUUCUCCAGGAGGUGCAGGGUCUCCAGGAGUGUGGGAGUCUCACUCUGCAGCACCACAUGUUGGAGCCCGUUCAGAGGGUUCCACGUUACGAGAUGCUGCUGAAGGACUACCUGAAGAAACUUCCGGAAGACGAUUCGGAUCGUAGAGAUGCAGAAAAAUCGCUGAACAUGAUCUCCAUGGCUGCCACUCAUUCCAACAGUGCCAUUCGCAAGAUGGAGAACCUCAAGAAGCUGAUGGAGAUCCAUGAAAUGCUGGGUGGGGAGGAGGACAUCGUGCACGCCUCCAAUGAGCUCAUCAAGGAGGGAUACAUCCUUAAGCUGGCAGCCAGAAACACCUCAGCCAUGGAGAGAUACCUUUAUCUGUUCAACAACAUGCUGCUGUAUUGCACUCCCAAGUUCAGCUUGGUGGGGCAGAAAUACACAGUCCGCACGCGAAUCGGAGUUGAUGGCAUGAAGGUCGUGGAGACCUCAAACGAGGGCCACUCUCACACUUUCCAGGUGUCCGGCAAGGAGAGGACUCUUGAGUUGCAGGCCAGGUCAGAGCAAGACAAAGAGGACUGGAUAAAGGUCCUCAAUCAGACCAUAGAGAUAUUUCAGCAGAAAAAUGAAACGCUGAAACGAGAAGCGGAUGAGGAUGAGGUGUCGAAAGAGGAGCUGGGGAGACGUGCUCCACGCUGGAUCCGUGACAAUGAGGUGACCAUGUGCAUGAAAUGCAAGGAGCCCUUCAACGUUCUGACCCGCAGAAGACACCACUGCCGAGCCUGCGGCUACGUGGUUUGUGCCAAGUGCUCAGACAACAAGGCACCUCUUGAGUAUGACAGUAACAAGAUGAACAAGGUGUGUAAAGACUGUUACUUUGUCCUGACGGGGCGCACGGAGGGAGAGGAGAAGACUGAGUACAAGAGGAGCGAUAGCAAGAAGAAGGGCAUUCUGGAGAUUGAGGCUGCUCAGUUUUCAGGCAACAGCCUGGUAUGUGGCUUCCUGCAUCACAGUGAGAAGGCCAAGCCCUGGCAGCGGGUGUGGUGCAUCAUCCCCCAGAAAGAAGCGCUGGUGCUCUACCUGUACGGAGCCCCUCAGGAUGUGAAGGCCCACUCCACCAUUCCUUUGGUGGGCUACAGCGUGGAGGACAGCCCCCGGCCUGGGGACCCUCUGUUCAGCUUUCGUCUGUGCCACGCCAAGUCCGCCCACAGCUUCGCCGCUGAGAACGAGGAGAUGAGGCAACGCUGGCUGCAGGUGAUCCGGCUGGCGGUGAAGGGGGAGGUUCCCGAGAGCCCCCUCCCCAACAGCCCGGGUACGCCCAACGGUGCCAUGGAGCUAGGCUACGACUGCUCUGAAUAGACCGGCAGUGGCACGCUAUGGCAGUCUCAAUUCGCUGUGAAUAGACAAUGUGUGAAUAGAGCAUGCAGUGCUGUAGCAGACCAGCUAUAGCUUGGCAUGCUAUGCACCAGCUCACAUUGAUGGGACAGAGUAAGGUAUCUCAGACAGGAAGGACCAUGGUAAAAUAUGGGUAAAAAUACCCCAAAAUCACCCACACACUCACCCAGAUAUACUCACGGUUGCACAAAGUAACUGUGAGAGGAUACAUUACACACACACACACACACACACACACAUAGAGGAAGACACUGCAAGAUGUCGAGCUUCAGAAAUGCAGAUCUCAACUGCAUGUGUGACACGUUGCAAAACUCAAUGUCUUGGCUUCAGGCUUCUACUGUAUGAUCCAAAUGGAAACUGUCAAUCCUGCGCCAAAGAUCUUUUAAACCAACUUUGUUAAAGGGCUCUCCGUUUGAGAAAAAGGCUUACAGUGGCAUAGCACUGAAGUGGCCACUGGGCAUUUAGUGUCACAGGAUGUACUUGUUGUUGUUACACAAUGCUACUAGGACACUGAUGACAGAAGUAAGUUGCUGUUUCCACUCUUUCUAAUUUGACACCUCAAUGCCACUUCCUAAAAUGUUUUUUUAACAGUGAUGUUCAAUUCAUAGUACAUUUUUCUAGCUGAUUGUUAAUACAAAUUGAACCAAAUGUAUAAUAUAUGCUCUGUAAUAUAUGCUGUUUUAGAGGUUGUCAGUAAUUUUAAUAAAAGUUUGUUCUAAAUUUG